AUGGCUUUGAGGAAGCACAGUACCAUCACAGAGUUCAUCCUCCUUGGCCUGUCUGUUGACUCCCACAUCCAGGUUCUGCUCUUUGUGCUUUUCCUUGGGAUUUACCUCUUGACUAUAAUGGGAAAUCUGUUGAUGUUGUUGGUAAUCAGGGCAGAUUCCCAACUACACACACCUGUGUACUUCUUCCUGAGUCACCUCUCUUUCAUGGACUUUUGUUUCUCUACUGCCAUAGUGCCCAGGCUGCUCGAGAUCCUCCUGUCUUGGAGAAAAACCAUCUCAGUGGGGGGCUGCCUGGCUCAAGUCUUCUUUCUGUUUGACUUUGGAGGAACAGAAGUCUGCCUACUGUCAACAAUGGCCUAUGACCAUUAUGCUGCUAUGUUCCCACUCCUCUAUGACCAGGUAAUGAAUAAUCAGCUGUAUAUGCAGCUUGUGUGGGGCUCAUGGAGCCUGGGCUUUCUAGAUGCACUCAUUAACAUCCCCUUGAUAAUGAACUUGGACUUCUGUGAGGCCAAAACCAUCCAUCACUAUAGCUGUGAGCUGCCCUCUCUCUUCCCUUUGUCCUGCUCUGAUGUCUCUACCAACCUCACUGUCCUGGUCUGUUCCACACUCCAGCAUGGCAUUGGUACAUUCUUCCUGAUCUUCUUCUCCUAUGUGCACAUUGUCUCCACCAUCCUGAGCAUCAUCUCCACCUUGGGCAGAAGCAAGGCCUUCUCCACCUGCUUCUCUCACCUCACCACAGUGAUCAUUUAUGGCUCAGCUUUCCUCCGUCAUCUCAUGCCAACCUCAGGCUCACCUCUGGAGCUGAUCUUCUCCAUACAGUAUGGUGUGGUCACUCCCCUAGUGAAUCCCUUCAUCUACAGCCUGAAAAACAAGGAGGUUAAAAAUGCACUGAGAAGAACCUUGGGCAAGUUUUUGCAACAGUCAGGUAGCAAACAAUGGCUGGAGAUGAUUAGGCAUUAG